AGCAGCCAGCGGGUUUACUACUUGUCGCGACUGUCGUUGUGCUGUAGCACUACGUCAGCAAAUUACUUUGCAUGUUACGUUGACGGCCACGAUCCAGUGGUUUAACAAAUUCAAGCAAAAAAAUAUAUUAUGACAAUUUUUAUCUCACCAAUUAAGCUAUUUUAUUAUUUAAGCAUGAUAGCCACCAUCUAAAGGUUUGACGUCAAUGUUGCGUAACAACCCCAACUGACAUUUCAACUUAAAGUGUACCAGUGAAGUUUGAAAGUGUAACCAUAUCCAUCGAACUACGGAUCAAAUUCACUCGACCAUGGGAAAAGGUGCUGAAUCCUUGCCUGGGGCUACAAGCAACUCUGUCCAUUCAUCAAAAGCUUGACCCCCUCUAGUGACUCGUCUAGGGACAAGAUUCCUCCGACUAAUGAACUCAGUCCACAGUAAACGGCGCAUUUGAACCUGCCAGCAGUUCUCUAUGAGGUGAUGAAAAGAUAAUAGAAAAGUGAGGGCAACUGAGAGAAGCGAGGUUGGAGGUUAAACCCACAACUUUGACCCACAGGGGUCAAACUAUGGUUCGAGGAGGGCCAUGGAGGCAUCAGCCACUCAGUCCGGGACGGCCCAAUGAAGUCUUGUGAGCUCCUCUAGCGGGACGAGCCGAGAAAAGACGCCCCUCUCUCCGAAGACAUACAGACGCGCGGGCUAGGAAAAAAAGUCCUGCAUGAAGAAACUCGCACCGAGGAAUUAAGGGUCACUACUUUUUUCUCCUUGCUUUUUUUGGGGAGGGGGCGAAAGCUAUAACGAGGAUGCCUCGUCCUGGGAGAAACACGUACAGCGACCAGAAGCCUCCGUACUCGUACAUCUCUCUCACGGCCAUGGCCAUCCAGAGCUGCCCGGAGAAGAUGCUCCCCUUGAGUGAAAUCUACAAGUUCAUCAUGGAUCGAUUCCCCUACUACCGAGAAAACACGCAGCGGUGGCAGAACUCGUUAAGACACAACUUGUCCUUCAACGACUGCUUCAUCAAAAUCCCGCGGCGUCCCGACCAACCGGGUAAAGGCAGCUUCUGGGCGCUGCACCCCAGCUGCGGGGACAUGUUCGAGAACGGCAGUUUCUUGAGACGCCGUAAGCGCUUCAAGGUGCUCGGCGCUUCCGACCACUUGGCCCCCAGCAAGCAGUCGGACGCCGCCCACUACCUCCAGCAGCAGGCCAAGCUGCGUCUGAGUGCCCUGCAGGCGGCAACCGGCACUCACCUGCCCCAGAUGUCCACCUACAACCUGGGGGUGUCCCAGACCUCCACGUUCAAGCACCCGUUCGCCAUCGAGAACAUUAUCGCCAGAGAGUAUAAAGUCCCGGGGAGCUUGGCCUUCUCCACCAUGCAGUCCAUGUCCGCCGGCUACCCGCUGCACAACCAACUCACCACGGCCUGGCCGCACAUGUACAAUAGUAGCGUGAUGGACACGGCGGCGCCCAUCUCCAUGGCACCCAGCGACUACAGCGCGUACGGCGUGCCCAUCAAGUCCCUGUGUCACGGGGCGCAGACUCUCCCGGCCAUCCCGGUGCCCAUCAAGCCCACGCCGACAUCCAUGGCCGGCUUCUCGGCGCUCCCGCACCACUUGCCCGCCUUCCUGUCCAACUCGCCCCAGUCUCUGAGCCCGACCUCCCCACAGACUGCCACCAGCCAAAGCAGCCCCGCCGCCCCCAACGAGACGCUCACCAGCCCGGCCACCCUGCAGUCGGUGGCGGUGCACUGACCAAAUGGACCCCCGUCCCUCCUCUCCCUUCAUCGGACAAAACGAACUACUGGUUGCGAACCCAAAGUUUAUAUAUGUGUGUGUCGUACGUCGGACUCUAUUCAAGGCGAGUUGCAUAUUGAUUCACUUGUGUAUAUGUUGAAUGUGUCGCUUUAAAUCGUGUCCUAAAAUAUCCAGCACACAAUCUCGCAGUAUUGCUCUUCAAGAAAAUAUAAAUUAUUUGAAAAGUUUCACGUUGACUUCAACACGUUGAAGUUUCGUUAAGGCCCUAUAUGGAGCUUUCCGUUUUAUACGCGCAAAACUUUUGCACACUUUUCUGUGUGACUACUGUAACGUUAAUAAAUAACACUGACGCUCUCCUCUAAUAAUAGAGUGAUGGGCGAGGGUAUACCAAAUAGGCUAGAUUUCCCAUGUUAAAAAAAAGAAACAAAAACAACCGCCUCUCAAAAAAAGAGAAAAUCAUUCCAGUAUUGAAAAAAAUAUAUAAAUGUGACGUGCUCAAAAUGCAAGAUGUGAAUAUCGCAAAUAACUGAUACUGAAAUGUUGUAAAAUGCACUUUUUAGUUAUACGUUUUAGAUAUCUAUUUUCCAGGAAAAAAAAUAGUGUUCUGUGAAGCAUUUAAUUUAAAAAGGCUGUGGUGACCACGUGCAUCAGUUGCUGUAAAUUUGUACGGUUUUUUUUCAAGUGAAGCAUGCAUUCUAAACUUUAAAAAAAUGUGUUAAUGUUCAUGUUUUUUUUUGUUUUGUUUAUCCCACUUCUUUGUUUUACAAGCAUGCGUGCUUUUGAAAAGUGUGCAAACAGUCUGCAAUUAAUUGGGGAAAAAAAGGUCAUCCAAAUAUUUUCUCAUUAAAAGUGAAGUAAACAAUCAAAAAUGUUUCUUGUUAUUAUUAUAAUUUCUGUUAUCAUUUUCGUUUAAUUAAGUCAAUCACAAAUCGAAACGAGCUCUCAAUUGAACCAUCUGCCCGUGCUAUAAUUAUUUUUUUCCCCUCAACGUUAACAAUUGCUAUUAUCAGUUUGCUUAAGUGGCAUCCCAACCUGUAUGAUUUCCGAGCGGGGGUCCUUUCCUCGAAGCAGAAAGACAUGAUUUGUGCUCUCCAUUAGAAUGCACGGUGCAGCCAUGGCAUGGCCACAGCGCACACAAGUGCGCUCAUUCAUCAAGCUGCGCGCUAAAUGAAGGGGAAAAAGUGGAACAAUAAACAUUACAGCAAGCAAUCUGCGCCCAAGAUUUUCACCACUUUUAAUACCGUCUAAUGGAAAAAUAACAUUUUGCAGAAAUUAUGCGCGUAAAAUGAAACAAACAAACAAGCAAACCAACAAAAAAAAUACACCUGUAUUGUCGCAGUUAAACAGUUUAACAAAACAUUCUUCUCCAUUUAUUUAUUUUCUACCUUAUUUCAAACAAACUCAAUUACUCGUCAGUCAAUCGUAAGGCAUUAAACAAAUACAUUCCGUCACUUUAUGCAAUGGACUAGAUCAAAUAAAGGCGAUCGGGCCACUUCAUUCUACUUCAUUCACUCGGAUUGAAAGUGCAAAGAAUAGAAAACUUCAACUGGGCCACCAAUGUAGAUUUAGCCUUUUUCAGCAAGACAAAAAGACUGAUUUUUUUCACAAACACAUUGCUGACUGGGGAACUAGGAAACGAGCUGCGAGACCCUUUUGGAAUUUAAAUCCACCCCUCCCCCAUGGCCUGUUUGUACAACAGUGUCACUUUUCUAUUCACUUUUGUGUUGUGUGGGCAACAUUAAGUCCUGAUUGAUUGCUGAUGUUAGGACUUGGACAAUCCAUUACAAACCUUUUUUUUGGACCAAAUAAUUAAAAUAUUCAAAAUACCCUAAAUGUAUAUAAAAUCAAUUGAACACAAUGUCAUACAUGAUC